GGAGCCGCAGGUUGGUGUCCCCAGCUGGGGUGAUCUGGCGCAGAGUGGAGGAGGCGCUUGCGGCUUGCUCCUGCUCCUCCCCUCUCCUUGCGGCCUCCCGGAGGUCUGCCCAGCUCCUGUGGCCUCCCGUGAAAUGUGGAUGACGCCCAAGAGGAGCAAAAUGGAAAUCGACGAGUCUCGGGGGUUCCGGGCCGAGUGGACACAGCGGUACCUAGUGGUGGAGGCUCCGGAGGGCGAGGGCGCCCUGUGCCUGGUGUGUCGCCGCCUGGUCGUAGCCACCGGCGAACCCGACGUCAGGCACCACUACGAGGCCGAGCACGACUAUUACGAGCGGUAUGUGGCGGAGGGCGAGCGCGCGGCCCUGGUGGAGCGUCUGCGUCAGGGCGACUUGCCCGAGGCCGCCCCGCUCACUCCGGAGGAGAGAGCUGCUCGUGCAGGUCUCGGGCUCGCCCGCCUCUUGGCCUUGAAGGGUUGCGGCUGGGGCGAGGGGGACUUUGUGCACCGGUGCAUGGAGGUGAUGCUGAGAGAUGUGCUGCCCGAUCACGUAAGCGUUCUGGAUGGCAUUGAUCUAUCUCCGGAGAUCACGCGGCAGAGGGUCCUGGACAUUAACCAAAAUCUACGCAGUCAGCUUUUUAACCGAGCCAAGGACUUUAAAGCCUAUUCCCUUGCCUUGGAUGACCAGGCUUUUGUGGCCUAUGAGAACUACCUCCUGGUCUUUGUCCGCGGCGUAGGCCACGAUUUGGAGGUGCAAGAAGAGCUUCUGACCAUAAUCAACCUGACUCAUCACUUCAGUGUUGGUGCCCUCAUGGCGGCAAUCCUUGAGGCCCUACAGACGGCAGGGCUUAGCCUGCAGCGGAUGGUUGGACUGACCACGACCCACACUCUGAGGAUGAUUGGUGAGAACUCAGGACUGGUGUCAUACAUGAGAGAAAAGGCUGUAAGCCCCAACUGUUGGAAUGUGAUCCAUUAUUCAGGAUUUCUUCACUUGGAACUGUUGAGCUCCUACGAUGUAGAUGUUAAUCAAAUCGUAAAUGCCAUAUCUGAAUGGAUAGUUUUAAUUAAGACCAGAGGCGUUAGGCGGCCGGAAUUUCAGGCUUUACUAACUGAAUCUGAAUCAGAGCACGGUGAAAGGGUUAAUGGACGCUGUCUGAACAAUUGGCUUAGAAAAGGGAAGACUUUAAAACUAAUAUUUUCCUUAAGAAAAGAGAUAAAAACAUUCUUGGUUUCGAUAGGGGCAACAACGGUCCAUUUCACAGACCACGAAUGGCUUUGUGACUUUGGCUUCUUGGUGGAUAUUAUGGACCACCUUCGAGAACUCAGCGAACUAUUGAGAGUGAGUAAAGUCUUUGCUGCUGCUGCCUUUGACCAUAUUUGUGCGUUUGAAGUGAAGCUGAAUUUACUUCAGAGACAUAUUGAGGAAAAAAAUCUAACACACUUUGCCGCCUUGAGCCAAGUUGUUGAUGAGCUUAAAGGGCAUCUUCAAGAAGACGAAAAAAUACUCGAUCCUGAUAGGUAUCGAGUGGUGAUCUGUCGCCUACAAAAAGAGUUUGAGAGACAUUUCAAGGACCUCAAGUUCAUUAAAAAGGACUUAGAACUUUUUGCAAAUCCAUUUAGCUUUAAACCUGAAUAUGCACCUAUUUCAGUAAGGGUGGAGCUAACAAAACUUCAGGCAAAUACUAACCUUUGGAACGAAUACAGAACCAAAGACUUAGGGCAGUUCUAUGCCGGAUUGUCUGCUGAAUCUUACCCGAUUAUCAAAGGGGUUGCCUGUAAGGUGGCAUCCUUGUUUGAUAGUAGCAAAAUCUGUGAAAAGGCUUUUUCAUAUUUGACUCGGAACCAACACACUUUAAGCCAGCCAUUGACAGACGAACACCUCCAUGCCCUGUUUCGGAUUGCCACCACUGAAAUAGAGCCGCAUUGGGAUGAUCUUGUGAGACGAAGAAAUGAAUCAAAUCCAUAAACUUUUGUAGUACAACAUUGAAACACUCAACAAGAGUCCAAUUCUAAAAGCAAACAUCUGUUUGAUUUUCAAGUUUACUAAUUUGGAUUGUGGGAAAGCACCACAUUAUUCAUCCAAAUUGAUCACAAUUCAAAUUCUUCAGACAUAUUUUUUUUUCCAUAUCAAGAGGCAGCAUGGGACUGAAACAUGCAGACACCUUUUUUUAAAACUUAAUUUGAUGGCAAAGUCAUUAUCUUUUGCUUUUAUGAUACAACUGUUUUUAAAGACAUUUAGUACUAAUAAUGUGAGUUGAAUUAGAAGUCUGUUUUUAAGGUGUUUCAAAGAAACUUUAGCUCUUAUUUUAACAAAGUGUUAAAAUUCUGAUGCAUAUAGUCUGAAAUUAUCAACUGCUUAAAUAUAUGUUUGAGCCAAUUUGCAGAAACUCACAUAGCAAGUGCAGAAGUUUCUGAAAAGGAGGAACGUACAUACAGUGGAGGUAUUUUGUCAAACUGUCAGAAUGUUUGAGACUAUUUUUUUAGACAUAUUUCUGAGUCUGAAGUAAAUAUUGACAUAUUUCCUCCCUCUCACCUCCCUCCCACCCGCCCUAGCGAUAAUGAUAUUACUAAUACAGAAAAUAAGCACGUAAAAUUUUAGUCAGAGGAGCAAGAAUUUUUUUUUAAUUGCUAGUUUAGGAGGCUUCCUGCAGUCUGGAGAUCAGACUAACCAAUUUUUGGAAGUUUCCCCUGAAUUUUUCACAAUUGGGUGCUGUUUUAUGAGCUUGCCUACUAAAGGACUACGGUAAGUAUAGACUCUUAGGGGUUGCCCGCUAGUAAUUCUUUUUUCUACUCUAGACAGUUUGGCCCUGUCAAAAAAGGAUGAGGAAAAAAAGAUGUUUGCAUCCCAGGAUCAGGAGGUGUGAGAUAUUUUAGCUAAUUUGUCCUAUCUGCAUGAGUGUUGCAGCUUUAUAAAGAAAUCCUGCUUAGAGGAAACCCUUUAUUUUAAAGUGAUAUAAUAUCAAAUGUUGUUUGUUGCUGGAAAUGGAUUUAUUAUAAAUUUGACACUAUCCCACACAUUGUGUAUUUAAGACAGUGCACAAGUGGAAAUAUUUAACUCUCAAGAAGCAGCUUUAUUUACAGAUUGUAGCACUUCUGUAUUUCUAAGUGAGACAUCUGCUUUGUGCUAAAACAGUAAUUUUCAAACUUAUGUUAACCAUGAAAAGGAAAUCUUACAGUAAAGCCAAAUAUGUGAAAUGAUUUAAGAAGAGGACCCAACUUAGAGAUCCUCUCAAGUACAAUUUGAAAACUUGUGUUCAAGUCCUGUCUUAACUAUUGUAAUGCAUUUUUCUGUGGCCACUAAUUCAGCAAAUUCAAGGAACCAGAAUACAAACAAGAAUUUAGAAGGAACUGAAGGCUGAGCUAUCAAAAUAGAUGCCAUAAACAGCCCAAGAACCAAAAUUCUGCCAGUGGUUCUCAACCAGAGACGGUAUGCCCUCUUUCCAGAGGAUGUUGGGAGACAUAAAGGGGACUGUUUUAAUUGUCACACUUAUUGAGGAAGUUCUGCUGGCAUGUCAGCAUGAAUGACACCCCAUCCCCCACAGUGCAUAGGACAGCACAGCACAAUAAAGACUUAUUCCUCCCAAAGUGCCAGUAGACCCCCUGUGUAGAUUCUCUUAUAUUUCGAGGGACAGGGCAAAUUACCGGUAGAAGCAGAAUUAGAAGGGCAAGUUGGGAAGACUGAUAAUACUUGAUAAGGGACACUAAUUCCAGCAUUCCAGGUUUGGCUGGUAAGAUGCAAUCAAGGCCUUGCUAGGUUCUGGUAGCUCACAAUAGCAUUUAUAACUCAGUAAUUGGUAUUGAACCAGAUUAAAGGGCUCUGUUCUAUUAUACAUAAUUGGUUUAGGGCAGAAAAGAACGUGUAAUGUAUUACUAAGAUACUUAGCAAGAAGGGUCAAGUUAAGAUUUGGGUUAACAGGAAGUAAACUUAAAUAUCUGGAAAAACAACAUAGUGAAAAACCAAACAACAACAACAAAAAUCUACCGGUAGUUUCCCAAUAGUUUGGCGUAUUCUCUUUCAUGCAGGUGCUUUAUUGAAAGGAUAAUUGGAACACCUGAAAGCUGCUUCUGCUUUCUAACCCCAGUUCCUUAAAUAUUGAACUCUUGUACAUUUUGUGAAGUUCCACUAUAUAUUUUGCUUAAGGUAAUAAUAAGAUUAGUUAUAUAGUCAGUGAAUGUGGGGGAGGCAUAAGCUAAGAAUUUUAAAUGCACCCUGAACAAUAGAGAAUUGCCAUAAACUAGUCUUUGUAAAACAGAAAAAAAAAGUGUGUAUUUUACUGUUUUCUGUACUAAGUAAUUCUGUAACUGCAUGGCAGUCUUUAAAAAUUUCUUUUUAUAAAAUAGUUGUUAACUAGUCCUGUUGUAUCAGUAAAUAUAGUUAAAAUAAGUACUAUUUUUAAAAAACUCUGUGUCCCCAUAUCUCCCAUUCCUACUAGUUUUCUUAAAAGAUUUGUCUGUGUUUCCACUGUCCCGUAUCGCUGCUCAGACUGCUCUACCAAGCUUACUAAGUCCUUGUCAAUAUUCCUACCCUCUUUACCCCACUGGCCACCCUUCAUUAAAUACUUGUUUAGUUUGGCUUCAGGGAGAUACCAUCUCCAAGUAUGCUUUCUCAGUCUUCUUUGCAGGUACCUCUUUCCCUUAAACAUCUGUGUCCUUGGGAUUUUUAAAUUUGGUUUUAAGCUGUCUUAUUCUAUAUCAUCUCCGUAGCUGAUCUCUUUUUUCUUUCAUGGCUUCACUUACCAACUUUAUGCAAAUGACUCCCAAAUUCAUAUCUCCUUUCUAGACCUUUCCUGAUUCCUAUAUCUAAUUGCUAACUUAAGUCCACUUUGCUGUCUCAUAGGCACCACAACAUGUCCUUGACCUUGCCCCCCAAACCUGCUCCUCCUUUCCUGGUCCCUCUCUCAGUAAAUGGCACCACCACUGCCAACCAUUCAGUUGCCCUGACCCAAGGCCCAAACCCAGUUAGCCAUGACUUUUCCCUCUUCAUCACAUCCACUCACACACACCUUUCUGUUAAGCCUGUUGCCUAAACUUUCCUUGAUUCUACAGUGCUACUAUCCUGAUCAAGGCCAUCAACCUACCUAUAUUAUAGCACGGGCCUUCUCAGGCUCCAUUUCUCUGGUUGUGAUCCCUUUCACAGUGCAGCCAGAUUUUUCCAAAAGACGUAUCUGGUCAUAUCACUCCUCUGCUUUCACCACUGCUCUUAGGAUACGGCUGUUCAAGUUUCAGUUUAUAUGCCACUUCCUCUAGGAAGCCUUCAUCAAUACCCUCUAGACUAGGUGCCCCUACUGUGCACUCCCUAAAUACCCUGUUCUUCACCAGCCAUAUACUUAGCACACUUUGUUGUUCCUUCUUAUUGAUCAGUGCUAGACUGUAAGCUUCACAAGGGCUGGGACCAUAUAUAUGCCUGCACACUGCUGUAUCUAGUGCUUAGCACAAUGCCUGACAUUUCAAUAAAUGUUUGGAUGAAUAAAUACUUGUAUAGUGCUUUAUGAUCUUUGCAGCCCUUUCAUAGUCUCCUUUGACCUUCACAGUGGUCCUGCUGUACCUGCUUGCUGGGUAAUUGUUAUCUACAUAUUACAAAUCAAGAAAUGAAACUAAGUUCUUUGUGACUAGGGAAUUGUAUUCCUAGAAUUUAGUUUAGUGCUUGGCACAUGGCUCAAAUAUUUACUAUGUGAAUGUUGUUGAGGAAACAAACUUAGAUUGCAGUUUGCCCUAGUAAACGUAAGUAGUAAAGCUGAGUAUACUCACAUAAAUCCACCAUGUAAUAUUGUCUUUACCUCCUUGAUGUAGAAGUCUUAAUUUUUUUUUUUUUAAUUUCUAAAGGGAGGCUUGCAAAGGAACCUGGAUGAGAAAGACUGGACAACUAUUUAGUGGACUAAAACAAUAUCUCAGUAAUUAAAAAGUUGCAUUCAGUAUUGGAAAAAGAUAAUGCUGCUUAAGAGUUAAUAUCCAUUUUCCUUCUGUAAGCAUCAACCCUAGGAGAAAAUGGCAUCUUAUUUACUUGCUCUUUUCCUUUACAGAUAAUUUCUGGCUCUUCUGGGAUUUUAAAGUAAGUAAAUUUAACAAAAUGUUAGAAGAAUGACUCAGUCAGCCCUUCUGGUCACUAGAUAUUCAGUUCACUUGCUUUCCUACCUGCAGAAUGUCCUCAUCACCUCCCCAAGGAAGGUAAUCCGAAAGUGACAUCUGGUCAAUAUGUACUUCUUAGAUUUGCUACAUUUCUUUGCUUUCUUGUUCGCAUGCCUCUCUGAACUUACUUUCUGGGUAACUUGGGCUUUCAGGCUUUGUGGGAGAGCCAUACCCUUAGUCUCUUUUUCCCUGAGCCAUUUUUUUCCAGUUUAAGGGAUUAACCAGUGUUACACUCUUAGUUGGACUUUUAAUCUGAGGCCCAUUAACUAAUUCAGAGGUUUUAACAGUAGGUGUGAUAGUCAUCCAGUGAUUUGAUCCUUGCUGCGAAAGUGGGUUUUAGUCAACCUUUGGCGUAUAGGAUUUCUCGCUUUUAUCUCUUUGUAAUUGAGAAGUAGCUUCUUCCUACCCAGUAAGUACUUGAGUUUGUGAACUCUCUUUAUUCCCUUGCUUUUUUGCUUGCAAACUGAUUAAUUCUUUUCUGAGUUCAUCUCUUUCCUGUCUAUUUUGUCAAAUGGGGCCAACAGCAACCAUAACAUAUUUUGUUUUCUUGUCUUUUUUUUUUUUUUCUUGAGUAAAGUAUAGAUUCUCUGCCUUCCAGGUUCUCUCCAGACAGUUUCAUCACUCCAUUAAUAUGCAUCGCCCCUGCAUAAGUUAUUUCUUCCAUCUUCCACUAGCAAUUUCCUGAAUGCCUGCCAACUAAGCCAAUGUUCAGUAUGCUAGGUUUUUCAAAAACAGAACCAGUUUCUGUAUCAGAAUGGCCUAGGUUGCUGUGCGGUAACAACCCCAAAAUCCCAGCUUUUCUCUUGUAGUUUGGCUAGGGGCUUUGCUCUAAGUCAGGAAUUGAAGAACUAUGGCCAUGGGCAAAAUCUGUCCUGCUGCCUGUUACUGUAAAUAAAGUUUUAUUGGAAAAUAGCCUUGCCCGUUUGUUUAUGUAUUGUCUGGCUGCUUUUUGCUCUACGGUGGCAGAGUCGCGUAGUUGUGGAAGAAAGUGUCUGGCCCACAAAGGCUAAAAUAUUUACUGUGUGACCCUUUACAGAAAAUGUUCACUGAUCCCUGCUCUAAGUGGUCCUCAUUCUAGGACUCAGGCUGACCAAGCAGAUAUCAUGUAUGGUGUGGCUGCUCAUUUUGGGAAAUGAAAAAGUCUGACAAAUCACUCAUAGGCCGGCCCUUAAAGCACUUUCACUGGCCAAAGGAAAUCACAUGGCCACACCAGAGUUCAAGGAGGAGUGUAAUCCUUCCUCGAGCCUUGGAAGAGAACCCGAAAUACUUGGAAGACAAAACUACAGACUACACAUAUAGUUAUAUCUCCCUAUUUAUAAAAUUUCUUUGAAAAUAUUUUUUCUUUUUAAUUGAGGUGAAAUUACAUUCAGUAAAAUGCAAAUAUUUCAUGUACACCUCAGUGGAUUUUUAUAUACAUCCUUGAACCCAUCACCCAAAUCAAGAUAUUGAACAUUUCUCGUACCCCGGUCAGUGCCCUGUGCCCCCCCACACACACACAAAUAACUGCUAUUCUGACCUUUAUCACCAUGGAUUACUUUUGUCUGUUUUAAAGCUUCAUGUAAAUGUAAUAAUUAUAUGUACUCUUGUUCAACAUUGUGUCUGUGAGUCAUCCAUGUUGCGUGUAGCAGCAAUUCGUUUUUUACUUCUGUGUAGUAUACCAUUGUAUGACUUAUACCACAAUUUAUGAAUCCAUUCUACUGUUGAUGGAAAUUUUAAUUGUUUCCAGUUUGUGGUUAUUAUGAAUAAAGUUGCUAUGAACAUU